CUAUCGAUUAGUAAAUUCGAAAGAGAACAUAAAAUAGACAACAAAAAGAUUUCAUCGAAGUUAGGAAAAAAUUACUAAUUCCUUUACAAAACAAGGGUGUAAAUUCCAUUAUAUCGGUGUUCGAUUUACGUAAUUUUCGUUGUCUAUAGAGACCCAAUUGGUUAUGGCUAUGGACGUAAUAAAUAAAUUCUACUCAACAGUACAUACGACAGUGUCACAGCUGUCUGGUGUUCUUCCAGGGAACAACGUCACCAGGGAAUAUGAAGUGCUGGAGCAGGUGUGUACAGCAGGUGUAGGACUGAUGUGGAAGGUAUACAAUGGCUACAAGAAGAGCACGAAACAGGAAGUCUCUGUAUUUGUAUUCGAAAAGAAAAUGCUUGAACGCUGGUCGAAAGAUGAUCGAGAAACAAUGUUGGAAACAUUAAGACGUGGGGUGCAACAGUUAACAAAAAUACGACAUCCACACGUGCUGACCGUUCAACAUCCGCUUGAGGAGUCGCGCGAUUCCUUGGCUUUCGCCACGGAGCCAGUAUUCGCUUCGUUGGCCAAUGUAGUAGGUGAUUCAGUACGUUCGGAUAAAAAACUUUAUGAUGUUGAGAUACGUCAUGGUAUAUUGCAACUAUUUGACGGUUUGUCAUUUUUACAUAACGACGCCAAAAUUGUGCACCGCAAUAUUUGCGCAGAAACUAUUGUGAUUAAUAAAAAUCGGAGCUGGAAGUUAUUUGGUUUUGACUUCUGUAUAGCUAAUCAACCUGCAACCGAUGGUAAACCCUUUUGGCCAUGCCGCGAGUACUCUACUUCUGUUCAUGUCCUAUCCCAACCGAGUUUGGAGUAUUGUGCCCCUGAAAUAGCGUUAAACACUAUAAAUAGCACCGAAAGUGACCUAUUUUCAUUAGGUGUAUUAAUAUUCACAAUAUAUUCGGGUAAACCGUUAAAAAUGUUUGGUAGUGAUUAUAGUUCAUUUCGUCGAUACGCUGCCGAUCUUAACCAAAGAAAGUACCCGCCAAUGAAUAGUAUUCCCAGCGAUUUGAACGAAAGUUUAAGAGCUUUGUUGCAUCCAAGUCCACAUAUGCGCCCAAAAUUGCACGAAAUGAAACAGAUAGCAUAUUUUCAAGAUGUUGGAGUUAAGACACUGAGCUACUUGGAUUCCCUUUACCAGUGGGAUAAUUUACAAAAAUCCAAAUUCUACAAAGGACUUCCACAAAUCAUACCAACACUACCGCAUCGCGUUAACUUACAUUCCAUAUUGCCAUAUUUGGUAAAAGAAUUUGUUAAUUCGCCAAUGAUACCCUUUGUUUUACCUAAUGUAUUACUCAUCGCUGAGAUGAGCAGUCAGAAAGAGUAUUGUGAACACAUCCUUACGCAUUUGAAACCGAUUUUCAAAUUGACAGAUCCCAUACAAAUACUUUUAAUUUUCAUGCAAAAAAUGGAUCUCUUACUGAAGUUGACGCCUGCUGAAGAAGUUAAGCUACACGUACUACCGCUACUGUAUCGCUCAUUGGAAUGCGAUAUGCCACAAAUACAAGAGUUAUGCUUAGGUGUAUUACCGACGUUUUCCAAUUUGAUUGACUACAACGCCAUGAAAAACGCUGUGAUACCACGAAUCAAGAAACUCUGCCUGCACAGCAGCAAUGUGUCGGUGAAAGUAAAUUGUUUGAUAUCGAUUGGUAAGCUACUAGAAGAUCUAGAUAAGUGGCUGGUGUUGGAUGAAAUAUUGCCCUUCCUGCAGCAGAUACAAAGCCGCGAACCUGCCAUUAUUAUGGCUAUAAUUGGAAUAUAUAAAAUCGCCAUGACCAACACAAAGUUAGGUAUAACUAAAGAUGUAAUGGCGCACAAAUGUAUACCGUUUUUAAUGCCACUCUGCGUUGAAAACGGUCUUACCAUUGCGCAGUUCAACACAAUUGUGACGCUAAUUAAGGAAAUGUUCAGCCGGGUGGAGAAGGAACAGCGUGAGAAACUGGAGCAACUCUCAACUAUUCAAAGGGAAAACAAGCCACGUGAUGCUUCCGAGAUUUUAACUACUGAAUUGGAGCAAGGUACAAAAACAAGCACAAGUCUCAAUAACAGCGUUAACAGCGACGAUGACAUGUUUUCGGGUUUCUCCAUAUCGCAACCAACGAGAAAAGUAAAUACAACAACACAAGCAGGUCAAGAACAAAAAUUUAAAACAAACAACGAUGUGCUGAAAAUAUCACACAACGCACCGGCAAAACCGGACAUUCUUUCCUCUUUGAUGAAUUCGAAUUUGACCAAUUUAAGCAACUCCCCAUCGCCAAAGUCUGCCGCUAUAGCUACUACUGCAGUUUCACCCAUUGUAAAUCCAUAUGCCAGUCCCAACCAAGCGCGCUCAAAUGAUAGUUGGACCAACAACUGGCAUAGUGCAAAUCCGUUAGUUAUGAACCACCAAUUAGCCUCGCCACAGGCUAUCAGCAGUAAUAGUAAUAACAACGCAUCGUCUUUGGACAAUUUGGAUCCCUUCGGCGGUAGUAAUAAAAGCGUCAACGUCAGCAUUCAAAGACCGGCAGUGAAUUACAUCUAUCCAUCUGGAUAUAAUGGUGGUGGUGGCGGUGUUGGUGUCAGUAAUGGUAACGCUUUGAAUAGUAUGAAUAAUUUUACACCACUGCUUCCACAACAGAAUACCACGCAGCAACAGUCACAGGAUAAUAAGAAUCUGAAUACAUUAUCACAACAAGAUAUUUUAAGUUUUCUCAAUUAGUAGUCAACCUUAGUCAACCUGUGAGUCUUGUUGUAGAUUAUGUUACGGUGUUAGCUGAAAUGCUUCGUGUAUAGUACUACAUAUAUGUGACGAGCCAAGUGUGGUCACACUAAAUAUGUGAAAACAGCAACGGUUGAAGCUGUAUUGACGUUAUUAAUAAGAAGUGUAAUAAUUCAUUCGCAUGUUUUGUGCAUGUAAGUUUUAGUUUGUUUUCGUUGGCAUAUUUCAGUCUAUAAAGUGCACUUUUAUUUUGUUGUCGUUUCGUCUGUUAAAAAAACAUUUGAUUUAGAUCGCCUAAUCUAGGCUCGACUCAUGGUCAAAUUAUGCAUGUAAUUUUUAUAGUCGUGGUUUCAUUAAUUUUACGAAAGAACUCCAUUAGCGUUUUUUAAUACCAAAAUGUUCGUACUAAAAUCCUAUAAAACAAAAAAUAAUAUAAUUUUUAGAUUUGACUAUUAUGGUGGCGUUUCAUAUGCAUGUAAAUUCAAAUGGUGUAAAGUGAAAUUCGAUUUUGACGUUUGAUUGUAAAAAAUAAUAUUUACAUUUUCAUUACAAAGUGUUGCCAAAUUAUUGGCAAUUUAAGGAGAACUAAUUAAAGAACGUAAAAAUUUAAAUAGUCAUGAACUGAUUGUAGUAUUAGAAGAUAAAAAAAAAAUUCAGCAAAGGAUGCAGCUAUUGUAGUAUAGCAGUCUAUGACGCAAUGGGUAAAUAAUCCUAUAUGCGAAUCUAAUAAUUUUACUGUUUUUAGAUUAUCAUUGUGUGUAUGUUGAACAUUAAAUGAAAUUGUAAUUGCAAAACUUAUCUCUUUUUAAACAUUCCCUCAUCUUUUCUCUGUCCAUGUGUUAUCAUUUUUAAAUAAUUGUAAUCUAUGUUGUAUAAAAAUAACUAAAGAUAUUACAAUAAUUCCUUUAUAUUAAUAAAAUUUUUGGAUAUAUAGACAUAUCUAAGAAAUAUCCCCACAUAAAAAUAUGAAUAUAAACCUAUACCAAGAACUUUCGCUCAAAUAAAUGCAACAAAUGCGUUUAAAAUG